AUGGUGUCCCCAUACGUUCCUCAUGCUCUCUACGCCAUCGCCGUGACCUCCAUCUCCAUCCACAUCGUAGGCCACAAACGCGAAAGCGAAGAAGAAAGAACUAGAUACGAGUCGCGUAUCUCCAUCCUCGAACAAAUUCGCGACCACCUCCGGAAUCCGAAUUCCACCACGUCCAAGGAUGAGAUCGAGCGCUUGAAACGGCUGGCGAGGCCUUUGAAGGAAGAUCCUCACGCGGAUGGGAGGAAACUGCCUGAAGUAGAGAUUGGGUGGAGGGAUGUUUGGUUUGGGAGGAAGCUGCCUAAGGAAGACGAGGAGCUGAGCGAGUGGGAUAAGAAGGAUUUGGAGAGGCUCAAAGAGGCUUUUAAAGAAGAGAAGGCUUAGCUCGUGGUCCCGCCGGGCCAGCAACAUCUCAGGCAUGGGCUUGCCAGCACAAUGUCCUCCCUCUUUACGCGACCUUUGCGAAAUCUAUUGCCUAUCCAUACCACAGUGCUAUAGACAAGGCAAUAUUAAUGGCAUUGGGAUGGGGGCCAACCCGCGGCCACCUCCUCUCACUCAACA